AUGACUUCUAGAACGCCUGCUUCAAAGAAUGAGCCUAUCGUCAUCGUGGGCGCUGGUGUCUUUGGCCUUUCUACUGCCCUUGAACUCAAGAAGAGAGGUUACCAAUACGUUACGGUGCUCGAUCGAUAUCUACCACCCGUGAUAGACGGAAGCAGUGUUGAUAUCUCACGUGUGAUUCGCGUGGAAUAUGCUGAUCCUUUCUAUGGCAAGAUGGCCACUGAAGCCCUCAAAGGCUGGACGGGUCAAUAUUCACAGCACUACCACCAGUCGGGCUUUGUGAUGCUCAAUGAUGCUGCUACUGGAAACUACUAUGUCGAGCAGAGUAAGGAGUCGAACAAGACUCUUGGUGGGACACUGGAGGAGUAUGAGAAUGCACACGAUAUCCGAAAACGAUUCCCUGCUGUUCAGGCUCAGCUUGAUGGCAAGAAGGCGUACUUCAACAAGACUGGUGGAUGGGCGGAUGCAGAGUCUAGUAUACAACAACUAGCUACCGAGUGCUCUCUUGCUGGUGUGUCGUUCAUCACGGGCGCAAGAGGAAGAGCUUUGUCACUACGCUACAGCGACAAGAAAGUGACUGGCGUCAACGUCGCCGAGGGUGACACUAUCCCUGCAGCGCAAGUCAUUAUAGCCACUGGAGCGUGGUCAAACAGACUUCUCCCUAUCAGCCAUGCCUCAUCAGGCUCUGGACAACCAGUUGGGUUCAUCCGCCUCACCUCUGAUGAAGCAGAGAGGCUCAAAGACAUGCCCGUCAUCAUCAAUCUCAGCACAGGAGUCUUUGUCUUCCCACCUACGCCAAAGACACACAUUCUCAAGAUUGCUCGUCACGGUUAUGGAUGGGCGACCGAAGUUGAGGUAAAAGAUCCUCUUGGGCAAACUCGAACGGUAUCAUCUCCCAAGCGAGAUGGAAACAACGCUACGACCAAUUAUUUACCCGCAGAUGCACUACAAGCUCUUCGUGAGGGGCUACAAGAUCUUGUACCUGAGGUUGCGGACCGGGAGUGGUUGAGAACAAGACUUUGCUGGUACUCUGAUACUCCUGAAGGAGACUUUAUCGCGGAUCAUCAUCCUGUCCGUGAGGGUCUUUUCCUUGCUACUGGAGGUUCUGGACACGCUUUCAAGUUCCUUCCUGUUCUCGGAAGGUAUGUUGUUGAUUGUUUUGAGAACAAGGCUUCUAAGGAGCUUCGACAUAAGUGGAGGCUACGUGCCCCAACUGGACAGGAUAUGGUGAAGCAGGGUGAUGGCAGUCGAGGCGGUCCACCUUUGAGGAAGUUGACAAGAGCUGAGCAGGCUAAGCUGUGA